CUCAUGGACCGUGAGAUCGUGACCUGAGCCGAAGUCGGACGCUUAACCGACUGAGCCACCCAGGCGCCCCUCAAACCCCUAUUUAACACCCUCACUCCUAGGAGCAAGAAGGAAUACUUUAAACCAAAACUCUUCUAUAAAGACUUUCAAUGAACUUUCAGUUGAAAGUUUAGGCUCCAGGUGUGCAUGUUGGUACCUCAGGCCUGACUACGUCUUCUGGCAUAGCAGGCACAGCCAGAUAGCUUCCCCAUGUUUUCACUCUAAAAGAAACUCAAGAAGACAGGACUUGCCCACCUUACCCAGAGCUUUGAAAAUUCUUACCCAAGGAGGAAACUUGGAGAACAGUCCCAUUUAGACAAUAGAGGAAACUCAACACCAGAAAUCCAGUCUUUCUUUCUUAUAUAAGAACUGAUGUCUUUAGCAUUGAUGCUGAUUGUCCCCUAUCAUCCACUCUUUCUUAUUUUCCACAGUUAUAGGAUCUUGACUUUUAGCAAAUCACAUGGCUACUCAAAAUGAAGAUCAUAUUUUCAGCUGCCUUUGAAACUAACGAUGACAUUGUGAUGAAGUCCUUGCCAGUGCUAUGUAGCACAAAAGAUGUGUUCAUCUCUUGGGAUGAGUAUGCAUGCCAUUAUUCCCCUGUGCAUCCUUCCUUCAGAGAAAAUACACACAUAUGCUUGGGAAGCAGCCAUUGUGGACAAUCAAUGAUCUUGGGAGUGGUAUCCAUAUAUAGUGGAGUUACAAAGCCAAAGAAACUGGGAAUCUGACACUGUGGAGUAUCAUUCCAAUUCUAUAUAUUUUUUCCUGUUAUUAGCAGCUAAUUACCUAAUAUUAAUUAAUAUAAAAACAAAGAACAAUAACUAUGUAAAAGAGAUAUGUCAACAUUAACAAAAGAAAAGAAUUUUCUGGAGGAAAAAAUAAUUUAGAGAAAACUAAUUAAUAUAUUCAGAAAUAAUUGUACAUCCAUAAACGAUAGUACGCCUAUAAAAGAGUUUAUACAAAAGGAUGAAUAAAAGAACAAGAACUAUCAAAGACUAAGAAAUAUGAUUUAUCUCACAAAAAAAUCAAUAAAAUACUGAAAAAUAAUACUGUCCAAAAUGUCCAAAUUUUAGAACCAAAAAGGCAAAGAAAAUAAAAAUGAAAUAAAAAUCAGAGAUAAAAAGGACAAAUCUAGGUUGAUGUUUAAUAAGCAAGAAUCAUAGAAAAAGAAAAUGAGAACAUGAAAUAAUUUUUUAAAAAUAGAAGAUUAUUAUCUAAAUCUGAGGAAGAAUGUGAGUACUCAGCUGACAAGUUCUACUAGAGAACUCCAUGAAAUGUCAGAACAGAAAGGAUACAAAAGUCCAAAAAAUGUCUUAGUUGAAGGAAAAAAACCAGAUGUGCGAUAUUCAUUAUGACCAUUCGCAGAGAUCUGGUUCUUCUUUCAGACACAUGGCAAGAUCAAAGUUACCUGCUCCCUUAAAACUGAGCAUCGCCAUGUGACUUCAAGUAGGAGAGGAAAUGAUGAAUAUAAUUUGGAUGAAGGCUUUAAAAGCUAAUGUGCAAUUUACUCUCAUCUUCCAGCUGCCACAAACCAGCAAUGCUCCAGGGGGUAAUAAUCCUCUUAGCACGAUUAUGCUAUUGAACAUAGUAUGGAACAAAACCCAAGGCUGACCUGGGAUGGUUACAUAUUGUAAUCAGGAGAUAAACUUCAUCAUUUUAGGUCACUGAGAUUUGGGGAUGUCACUGCAAACACGGAUCUUAUCACAAAAUCCCAUCAAAAAAAUGAAAAUUGGCUCUAGGCUUCUUAUCAUUAACAAUGAAUACUGGGUGGGGGGGGGGGUGUGUGGUGGAAAUCAAUACCUUCUAAACUGAGAAAUGAUUGUUAACCUAGAAUGUCCAACCCUGCCAAAUAACCAUGGGUAAAAUGAGCACAUUUUCAGACAUGAAAGAACUCAAAAACUUUACCUCAUAUAUUCUUUCUUCAGUUGUUCCUUGGAGAUGUGUUCAGUAAAACAAAAAUGAUUCAGAGUAAUUUUCAUCGUGGAAGAUCAUGAUAAUGGAGAUGACUGAAAUGAUGAUUGAGGUAUCAGAAACACUUUGAGAACAAUUGUAGGGAGUAGUUAAGAUAUAUUGGCUUCCCCUAGAGGAUUAUCAUUUGCUUCUUUGCACGCUGAGACAUCCUAAAAACCUUUCUCCAGAGCAAAGAUCAGAAGGGGGCACUCUAGAUCUUAAGUCAGUAUUAGCAUUCAAACUGUAACUGCAUCCCCUCCCACCUCACCAAUUCUAGGUGGGGAAGAGAGAGGAAGCAAUAAGAACAAUUACAAAUGGAAGAAUCAGCUCCAGAAGCUUCUAGCCAUCCUGUCAUUCAUUUGAUUAAUUCAAAAAACAUUUUUGAGCGUAUGCUAUAUACUAAUCCCCAUAUGGUAUAUACUAAUUCCCCAGGGAAUUCAGAGAAAAAUAAAAUGGUCUCUGCUUUCAAAGAGCUCAGAAUCUUUCAGGAGAGAUUAACUCACAUAAACCAAGAUCCACGCAAAGUGAAACACAUAUGGUAGAACUGGUCUAAGAGGAAGAGGUAGAAAGAAGGAGAGAUUAAUUCUGUGUGGUGAAGGGUGGGGUGUUCUAGAGUCCUCAAAGUUUACAGAAGGCCCUGAUUCUAUAGGUAAAGUUGUACCUGGAGCUGGCAUCCUUUGGUUGUGUGAAAUAAUCAGGUUCCUUUUUUGCUUAACCCAGUGUGAGUCAGGUUUUCUAUCCCUUGCAAAAAAAGCUAACUGAAUUCCCUAGCUCUAAGAAAUAUUAUACUAAGCAGAAAGAGAAAGAGAAUUGGUCAACGAACUGCCAGUGAAAACGCAGCAAGCAGGAGGAAUAUAUCCAAAGAGGCAAGAAGAAGCCACCUAGAAAACCAAACCAGGAGAGUCUCAUGUGAAAAAGCAGGUGCAUGGAAUUCACAAACCUCUAAGGAGAAAAGGCAGUAAAGACCGGAAAAGAAUUCACACCAGUGACAGUGGAGCCGUGUUAAGGUGAUGUUGAAAACUGGGAGAUGAAUUCUUGAGGAUAGGGCAGGCCUUACUGCCAUGGGGGAUCAUGUGGAGCCCAGUUACGGGUAGUCAGAGUGAUCAAUUGAGUGCAUGAUGUAAACUUACAUGCUGGAAAUAAUUUCAUAAUUUGGUGCAGCAAAUUAGAUGUCGGAAUAAAAUGUGUAGUUAUGGUUGUUAUGUUUGUACUCCAAAUAGAAUCAAUUUAUGGCUAAUAGAAUGACUUGCGUGAGCAAUAUUGCUGGCUCUCUCUCCUACAGUGUGUGACAGUAGGCACUGAAUAAAAGCCUCACUUUCCAGCACGUUUGUAUUUGAGAAGUAAUAAGCAACAAUCCUCACCCUCUUGCCCUAUAUACAUAUGAGAGAAUGUGCAAGAAAGCUCACUUCCUUGCACUUACACAUGUGAGAGACGGGAUGGAAUGAUGGGCUGAGAUUAAUAGGCUGACAUUUAGUCAAUGUAAAUAUAAAAUCCUGAGUUUCAGCUAAAGAAUUUAAAAAGUAAUAAUAAGACAGGGUGCAGGAAGAUUCUAUGAACAGGAGAUCUUGAGUCUGUCACUCACCACACUCAAAAUUGGACUAUCUUGCUGGAGACAGGAGUGGAAAAGGUAUUCAUGGAUGGCAGGGCAAAAAUGGUUCUGGUUACAACAAAGGCUGAGGAAGAAGGGAAUGAAUGACUUUUCCAGUUCCUUAAAGUGGCAUCAGGUCACGGGGGUCACGAAUGCCAAGCUGAAUGCUUUCCCAUUGAUCAGGGAAAUGUAGCAAAAUAUUAAGAAUGAGGCGCCAUGAAGGAAAUGACUCCAGGCGGCAAAUUGGAGACCCUUGGAUCAGUUGAACUAAUUUCUGAAAGCGGCCACAAACUUUUGAAAGCUGCCUUGUUUGAAAAGCGUGCUAGAUCUGGAGGUCCCGCUCAGCCUUCGUAGGCUCUGUCCCCACCAGGCUCCGCCCCCGUGCCCGAGGAAUCUGGAACUGCCCCAAUCCCGAGACCCUGUUUAGCCUAAUCCCGCCCCCACCAGCCCGGCCCCACCCCCUCAGUAUCCCGGGCGACGCUCCCGCGUCCCUUCUCUCCGCGCAGACUGUGCCAGGUCUCCGAACAACUGCUGGAAGAGGAGGCAGCACCGGCGCCCAGCACCUGCCACCGGUGGGGAUCACACUUCGGCGGAACGGAAAACCAGAACUGCCCCACGGGGCCAGCCCACCGAGACUGACGUCUGUAAACCUUGGAGAGACCUUCAGCAGUAAUCUCCGAAUUCUAAAAUGACCACCCUGCCCCCACUGCCCAUGACACACCCAAAGCUUACAUCUUUAGCCAGACAGAAGCUGCCAUGUUUCCCCAGCACGAUUCCAAGGUCUCAGUUGAUCAAAGAAAAAGAUGACAUAGAUCAUUAUCUGGAGGUGAAUUUCAAAGGAUUGUCAAAAGAGGAGGUUGCUGCUUAUCGGAACUCGUGCAAGAAGAACAUUUGUGUGGACAUGCUGCGAGACGGUUAUCACAAGUCCUUUACUGAGCUCUUCGCCCUGAUGGAGAAGUGGGAUGCUCUGCAGGAGGCUGCAAGAGUUAGGUCCCUUUUCUGGUUGCAGAGACCCCUGGAGGAGCAGCCUGAUAAGCUGGGUCACUUCUACCACCACCUGACCAGGGCUGAGGCGGCUGAACGGAAAGAAUACUUUGAAGAUGUCUAUAACAACUUGUAUGCACUGGCCUGUUACUUCAGUAAUUCUGAAGACAAAUGGGUAAGGAACCACUUCUAUGAACGAUGUUUUAAGAUAGCUCAACGGAUCAAAAUUGACGGUGGGAAGAAAGAAGCCGAGGCGCAUGCGCACAUGGGACUUCUCUUCGAGGAAGAGGGUCAGCUUCUGGAAGCUGCUGAGCAUUAUGAAGCAUUCCAUCAAUUGACGCAAGGGCGGAUAUGGAAGGAUGAGACAGGCCGCUUUCUCAACUUGUUGGCCUGUGAGAGUCUCCUGAGGACUUACAGAUUACUCUCAGACAAAAUGCUAGAAAAUAAAGAAUACAAACAGGCCAUCAGAAUUCUAAUAAAAGCUUCUGAAAUAGCCAAAGAAGGAAGUGACAAAAAGAUGGAAGGGGAAGCUUCCUAUUACUUGGGCUUAGCACACCUAGCUGCUGAAGAGUAUGAAACAGCACUAACAGUCCUUAACACUUACAGUAAAAUCUUCAUAGACCUGGAAGAUGAUCUCAGCCUGGGGAGAGCCUAUGAAGCAAUAGCCAAGGUCCUGCAGAGCCAAGGAAAGAUGCCAGAAGCAAUUAAAUACUUGAAAAAAGUUGUGGAAAUUGCAAGAAAUAAUUUUCAAAGCCUAGAUGUCGUGAGAGCAAGUACAAUGCUUGGGGACAUCUAUAAUGAAAAAGGAUACUACAACAAAGCUUCUGAAUACUUUCAACAAGCUUUUGACACAACAGCAGAGCUAAGGAACAUGCGUCACGUGGAUGAGACAAAAGUUCACUAUGGGAUAGCAAAAGCUCAUCAGAUAAUGCUGACCAUAAACAAUUAUAUCGAGUCUGAAGAUCUCACCAGCCUUGACUACCUGCUGUCGUGGAAGGAGAAUAGAAGCAGUAUUGCACCACAUCCGAUUAUCGGCCCUAUUCCAGAGAAUUAAUGCCAUGAUUGCAGAUUGAGCUCCUCUUGGCCACGUAUCCUGAAUUCAUCAAAUUAGAACACUGCUUCAAACUGUACACCAGCAAUUAUCCCACAAAUGUGUGUGUUUCAUUUAGUGGGUACUCAAAGAACUUCUGUUGAAUAAAUGGCAAAUUAAUAGAGGCUACCAGUUGAAAGACAGUGUAUGUUCAACAUAAACUAUACUCACUACAGGUAAAGCAGUUUAAAAUUUGUAUCAUUCUGAGAAUGGAGUAACAUGAAUCUCUGUCUCAUUCAUUAUUAUACAAGUGAAAUAAAAAAUAUGUUUAAUCGAGA